AUGACUUCUGCCUCAAACGUCCUCAUCACUGGCACCAGUGGCUUCAUUGGUGGCUCCCUCCUGGCCGACCUACUCGCUCGUGCCGACAGCCCCAUCAAAAACGCCAAGUUAUUCGCCGCGGCUCGAUCUGACGAGCAGGUGAAGAGCGUAUCGAAACUCGGCAUCAACGUGCUCCAGGUCGAUCUCACGGAUGAGAAGUCAGUCCUCGACGCCGUCGUGAAAAAUGAAGUCGACAUCGUCAUCCACACAGCAGGCGCUAUUCUCCCCCAGAUGGCGACCAACCUGAUCAGAGCCCUCGGCGAACGACGCCGAGCCAGUGGGAUCGAGACCCAUUAUAUCCAUACCUCAGUCGCGACCAUGUUUUCGGAAGAGGGGAGCUGGCCCUACGGCCAAGUCAAGGAUUCGGAUGAUUCUAUAAUCGAGAAGCAAAAGGAAAUUGGAGAAUCGAAUCCCGUGCGCAAGCCCAAGACGAACCUGAUUGUAGCGGAGCUGGGGAAGGCCCAGGGCGUGACAACUUACAAUGUCCCCGUGCCGACAGUCUAUGGAAGAGGCACCGGAGAAUGGAGGAAGCUGUCCGUGAAUAUCCCUGCGAUCACUAGAGCUAGCAUGAAGCUCAAGACUGUCUACAAGUUUGAGAAGGAUGGCAACCCCCCGGCGAUCCAUAUUUCCGACCUGACGGCCCUCUACGGUGCCAUUCUGGUGAAGAUCCUGCUGAAGGAGGCGAUCCCAAGCAACGACAAGGGCUACUACUUCGCAGUGGCCCAUAAAUCUCCCUGGUGGGAGGUCAUGGAGCGUCUUGCUCAGAGUAUGCACGCUCGAGGUCUCGUCUCCGAACCGACCGCCAAGGUCUGGCCCAGCUGGGAGAUGGCGGCUGAGCACACAGGGUUCCCGCUGGUCUUUAUCAAGGCAAUUGGCACCUCCAGUGGAGAUCUUGUCGCCGUAAAUGGGCCUAAGAUUGGAUGGCAGCCGAAGUGGGACGAGAAGAUGUACUUGGAGAGCAUUGACGACGAGGUCCAGGCCGUCUUGGAUCUAGACACCGUGAAGAUGACGCUCUGGGACUCAUUGUAA